AUGAACAAAUUGUGGAGAGCUUCAUGUCUCCAAGUGCUGAUAACAUUUCUAUUGAUGCAUCAGAACCAGGCAAAAGAGAAAGAAAGAUUCGUGGAAAGGGUGGAUUGUAUUGCUGACAGUUUCACUGUUGUUCUAAACAAGUCGGACCCAGAAGUCAUGAGAAUGAUUUCCAAUCCAAAGUCACAGCCAGUGGUAUAUGUCUACGGUCACAAAACUCGUCACCCAUGUGGAACCUCAAUGAAAGAUGAAAAAGGACUGACUAAUUACAACUUGACAAUUCCGUAUGGGAGUGAAUGCGAUGUUACACUUACAGACUUGCCAUUCCAUCGAUACGCUGAAACCACUGUUGUAUUGGAGGAUAACGCGGAUCUUUCGUUUGGAAAAACCACAAGAUUGAACCAUGUUUUUUGUCUGUAUACGAGAAGUGUAAAGACUAUUCGUUUCAGUGAUGUCUCGAAUGGUCAUGAAGUGAUGGUGUCAACUGGUGGAAAACCGAAGCCAAAAGUUGAGAUGUUAUUCCGGAGCACAGAUAGUGGAAAGACUUUGCAGGCGGCCAGAGAGAAUGAAUAUGUCGAAUUCUUCAUCGCCCUUUCCCCAGAUUCCGCCUACCAUGGAAUUUCUCCAAAGGAAUGUACAUUCAGCGACCGUGAAGAUAUCAGUGCCCCAGAUGCUAAGAAGAUCACAUUUGUGCAAGGAGGGUGUCCAGUGAAUGGCAUGAACGACAUAAUUGACCCAUUGGCAAACGUGAACGACCAAAUCUACUUCUCCAAGUUCCGCACUUUCCGCUUCGGCAACCAAAGCACCGUUUUUGUUCAUUGUCAGGUACAAGUGUGUCUUCAAAAGGAAGAAUGCUCGAAGACGUGCUACAAAAAAGUGAGCGACUCGAAUCUUACUGCAGAACGUUUGCGUUUCCGUCACAAGCGUAGUAUUGCCGCCUUACCAGUGAGAACUACUCGGUCUGCUCCAACCGAUGAUAAUGGGUCUCUAGACCUCACCAAUUCCUUGACUGUGGUUAGUCGAACUGAAUCAGCAGAACUAGCCACCAUCGCUGUACCAGGACCAAUUCCUUCUGUUGCAAAUGCGCCAAGUGAGCAAAGAAGAGAUUUGUGCCCAAAAACAUCUGGUUUCGGAUUUGUCCCACUUGCUAUCAUGGGGACACUAGCAACACUACUACUUAUAUCUGCCGGAGCUGCAAUUUAUUUCGGAAUCAAACUGAAAAAUAUCAAGAAGAAAGACUCCUUCGAUAUGAUGUCCGCCUUCUCCAACCCGACUGUCAGCAUGCCCGUCACCUACUCACAUUAUCAGAGAUCCGCGUAUAACGCCACCGUCGACAGUCUGUACCGAUGA